ACGUAUUUAUUUAUUUAUUAUCAUCACGAUAUCCAUUUCUACUUGUGUAUGAUAUUUACAUAUAUUCAUACUUAUUAUCUAGUGAAAGUAAUAGCGAAUGUCUGUUAUGUCAAACCUAUCUAAAUAUUAUGACCUGGACAAGGUCGUUUAGUUGCUCUAGUUGGACGGCAAACUGAUAUAAAAAUAUUGCACAGUAUGUCCUGAGUAUCAGUCACUGAUUGUACACAGAAGACAAAUCAACAAAAUGUUCUCUAAAAUCGUAGCUCUCUGUGGUUUGGUGGCGGUGUGCCAGGCAGGUCUGCUGCCCGCCCCCGUUCACUACUCCUCCGCCGCCGCUGUCUCCUCGCAGAACAUCGUGCGUCACGACCAGCCCGCCGUACACGCUGCCCCCGUAGCCUACCACGCUGCCCCCGCCGCGGUCGCUUACCAUGCUGCUCCUGCUGUAGCCUACCAUGCUGCCCCCGUCGUCGCCCGCGCUGAAGAGCUCACCCCAAAAUUACAACUACUCUGUGCUGAUCACACCGGUGACAACAAGUCCGCAGUUCGCGACGAUGUUGUGAAGGACUCUUACUUCCACGAAGCUGACGGCUCCAUCAGGACCGUGGAGUACUCCGCUGACGACCACCACGGUUUCCGCUGUGGUGCACAACACCGCCCUACCGCCGCCCCUGUGCUCGUGAAGGCCGCUCCGCGCCGUCGCGCCCGCCCACCAUUAAGAUACCUGACUGAAAAACGCAUGAAUAUUGUUUUCUACAAAACUAUGUUGAUAGUGUAA